UUUGGGACUCUAUGAGGUUUUAGACAGAAAAACCCUUCACUCAGAUUCAUCAAAACCAUGAGACUCCUCCGAUCAGUUUCCGGCGCUCCUCACCGGUCGCUACUUCUCCGAGCCCUCGGCCGGCGGCAACUGUCAUCUUCUCCGUCUCCGUCUCCGCCUCAGACGGAGGAGUACAAGAGGAGAAACUACGCGAACAAUGUCGACGAGUACAUCGGCGUCAUCAACUCCAUCAACGCUCAGAGAAGAUUCCCUUACUUCCUCAGAGACGUCUACGACGACAUGUCGCUCGACGGAGUCCAGCCGAACCGAGACACCUUCCACUCUCUCAUUUUGGGCUCCGUCAAAGGGGCUAGGUUGCAGGAGGCCUUCUACUUCACGGAGCAGAUGAAAUCCAUGGGCAUGUUUCCUGAUGUCAAUGUAUACAACUUGCUGAUUUCGCUUUGCGGAAAGUGCAAGAACUCGGAGCAGGCGAUUCAGAUUUCUGAGGAAAUGAAGAGGUAUAAGGUGAAGCCGACGGCGCAGACCUUUGUGUGCCUCCUCAAUGCCUGUGCAGCCGCUGGCCGUUUAGAUCAAGUGUAUGCGAUCGUCCGUGACAUGACCGCUGCUGGUCUAGGGUUAAACAAGUUUUGUUAUGCGGGGCUUAUUACUGCACUGAGGAACAUGACACCAUUGCCAGAUGAUUAUGCUGCCAAAAUUAUAGAGUUUGUUGAGCGGUCAAAAGAGUGGUCAUCGGUUGAUGCUUCAGAUGAAACUGCUGAAAAUGUAAUGUCAGGGGUGACAGAGGAGGAGCUGUAUAACAUACCAACAGCUGAUUUUGUUCACAGACGUGGAUAUAUAAUGAGGCAACUAACUGUGUAUCAUGUUGCAUUGCAUGCUUGUGCGGACCUAAGAAAUGUUGAGUUGAUGGAAGCUCUUUUGGACAUGCUUGAAAAGAAUGGGAAAUUUCCUGAUAUCUAUAUUUUGAUUCAAACUAUGAGAUGCUAUUUGAACUGUGGGAAUAUUGAUCGUGGUUGGCAAAUGUUUGAUGAUUAUCUGAAGUCAGGGAGGCCUCCUGUAGCAGAACUAUAUCUAGUACUUGCAGAGGGCGCCAUGAUUGGAUAUACUCCCAAGGGAAUGGAAGUCGCCCUUAAGGCAUUGGAGGAUAUGAAUUCUAGGAAAUUUUUCUUUUACCCAAAACAAGGGUCUGAUCUCCUCCUUGUAGCUGCCGGGGAAAAGACUGGAGGUUAUACUACUGCAAACUAUAUAUGGGAUUUGAUGCACUCUCGUAAUACAAUUCCUCUACUUCCCGCUGUAGAAGCUUAUUACAAUGGCUUGAAAGAGCGUGAUAUUCCUGCUGAUGAUCCACGGCUAGUACAUGUUACGAAAACUUAUGAAAAACUUUCUCCAAAAUUCAGAGCAAGACGGCCAAAUUAAGUGUGAUGAAAGUCUCCAACACCGUUCCCAUGAUCUGUCGUCGUUGAACUGACAUAAUGACAUUGGUUUUGUUUCAAAGGAAAGGGUCAUUCUUCCGUGUUGGCUAAAUUAACCUCGAGUCAGAGGUGUGGAUACCUGUAUGUUUAAUCCUGGUGACUAAGAUGGGCACCUCCUCCGGCAGAAUGGAAAUUCCUGACUAAUUUCUAUUCAUUUUCUCGAUGCCUCAAUUUCAAUGAAUAGAAUGGUUGAAGAGCAAUCUGCUUCAAAACCUAAUAAUGUAGAAUUGUUUUGUCU